AGCCGAGAUUACCAAAUACCAGUGCGCCUAUAUAAAGAUAACUUGGGCGACUUCAGUAUUGUAAAUGUUGUAGUAUGUCUCUUUCAGUACGCUCAUCUUUGGCGCCAAUUACUGGUACAGUUGCUGAAAAUGAGAAGGCGUACCCUCUACGUGUCCAGGCGCUGGCUAACAUGGCCCGCCUGUCGUACGUUUUGUUAGCAAUGGGACCCGUUUGCGUGGCGGCGGGGAUCACAAUCCUCGUGUACUUGGACAAUGUAGACUUCCCCAUCUCCUCGGGUGCUCAGAUAUGGUCUGGGGCAGUUAUGACAGUAAUGGGAGCGGUGGGCAUCAUCACAUCCAGGACAUCCGAAAAUCUUAAACAUGACAUACAGUUCAAUCUAAAAUGCAAGAUUGGCCUGUUUUAUGGAUUCUCUGUCUCCUCUUUGAGCAUCUGUGGGUUAGCUACUGGCUACACGGGAACAGGAAUUGGCCUAUGUGUGAACCAAGUCUGUGCUAAAGAUGGUAGCCCUGUCGUUAUUAUCCUUCUGUCCGUAUCACUGGUGUUCAUAGUAGGCAUGUUUGUCUGUGGAAUAUGCGGGAUGGUUUUCUUCUUUUGGUACAGGAACGCAUUCCAAAUGUACUCCCCUGGAUACCGUGCAAAACUCAUGCAGCAGCAGCUGAACGGCCUUCAGAACCAGCUAAACCAACAACAGGGUGUCACUAACUAUGGAGGAAUCCAGUAUGGUGGACAGGAGAACGGCGGCUAUACCAACUGGAAUGCCCCUCCACCUCCAACAUACAGCGAAAAGGCUUAAACGCAUCACCAGUAUAAACAUCGUCAGUCCUGUGUCUAUUUUAACAGUAAUAUAAAGAAAAUCUUAGUGAAAGUGUUUUUGGAUAAAUUAACAAGUAACCGAAAUACGGUGAAACCUAAAGUGACUGACAGCACAAUUAAAGGAUAUGUAUUAGCUGUCUUAAAUAUUGACCUUAAUCUUCCAUUUUGGUAUUUCUUGUUACAAUGCUACAAAGUUCUCAGUUCUGAGGUAUUUGCAGUAUUAUCUGCCUACGUGACCUUUCUGUGCGUUCUGCGAAUACAAUACCCGGGAUUGUUACAUCUUUAUAUUGACACGUGCUGACAAUAACCGAUGAGCUUAUUGUGAUAUAUGCUUUGCUAAUUUGUAUUAUUAAUUUUGUCAGGAUGUGUAUGUCAAUUUGUUCCGAUGUUUUGUCAGGCAGUUUUGAAAUCACAAGAAUAAUAUCUAAAAAGGAUUA